UUUAAGGCUGCCAUUGCCCAUUUCCAUUGUCCAUUACAAUCCCCAUCCAUAUCAAUUAAUUUUUGAUUUUAACAUUUGAUUACAAUUACGGCAGUAACGAUAAUAAAUAACAAAUAAUAAUGACAUGGUUAUUAGCCAUAUCUUUCGUUUUUUUCUCCCACCCCCUUUUUUUUUUUCUUAAAAUCAGAGAUCACUAUCCUUUUCUUUGCAUCGUUCUCAUUCUAUAUGUGACUACUAUCAUUAGUUCUUAUUGCAGCUUUGCCGCGACCAAGAAGGAAAAAGAGGAAAGGAAGAAAGCUUGCUUGGUUCUUAACUACAGUGGCGGAGUGCUAACAUAUGGCCAUACGGGCCAUACGGCUUUACUGGAGCUUAUGGUGCCUGAGGUACCUGUCACAGUUCUCUUCGGCCCAUUAUGUUUAUUUUGUUUACACGCCCUGCUACCUAAUAACCUCGAACUAAGUCAUUUUUUUUUGGCAAAAAUGAAACAACGAUACCUCACUUCAUCGUGGAAAGCUGUCCAGAUCCGAGGAUUUAAGUUGACUCGUAACAGUAACAUUUCAGAAGUGAUGAGGAGAAGCUUUAAAGUGCUUUCGAUGAUAUCUACUUGGGCUGAUAUGAAUGUUAUUUUAAAUCGUGCUAUUUCAUCACAUUUCAGCUACAUUACAUACAGACUUAUAAACCAUAGAAAACGUAGCUAAUAUAAACAUUGAUUUCCAGACAAUGUUUAGUGUGAUUCAGGAUCGUUUAAACCACUUAUGUGAUUAUAUUUUCGGGGCUUGACAAAUAAGAGCGUUGGACCGGAGCCGAUACGUGCGGGAUCCUUAGCUUACUUCCGGAUUUAGGUACCCACGUAGAUGGACAAUGACUUCCGAGAUAUUGUCCCUCAG